CCUGCCGCGUGCCCACCCCCGCGCGGCUGCUGCAGCCUACGCUAGCCGGCCACAGCCUCCCGCGGGCGGAGCUGGGUCUUGAGCCUGAGCCGCUCGGGGCUCGACGUGGGGCACCUGGACCGCGGCGGCGGGCAGGCGAUGCUCCAGAGACCUGAGCAAUCAUGGAGGCCGAUGCGGGCGGCCUGGAGGAGCUGACGGACGAGGAGAUGGCGGCGCUGGGCAAGGAAGAACUGGUGCGGCGCCUGCGGCGGGAGGAGGCAGCGCGCCUGGCGGCUCUGGUGCAGCGCGGCCGCCUUAUGCAGGAGGUGAAUCGACAGCUGCAGGGUCACCUAGGCGAGAUCCGCGAGCUCAAGCAGCUCAACCGGCGCCUGCAGGCCGAGAAUCGUGAGCUGCGCGACCUCUGCUGCUUCCUGGACUCGGAGCGCCAGCGCGGGCGGCGCGCCGCACGCCAGUGGCAGCUCUUUGGGACCCAGGCAUCCCGGGCUGUGCGUGAGGACCUGGGCGGUUGUUGGCAGAAGCUGGCCGAACUGGAGGGCCGCCAGGAAGAGCUGCUGAGGGAAAAUCUAGCGCUUAAGGAGCUCUGCCUGGCGCUGGGCGAGGAGUGGGGCCCCCGCGGCAGUCCCGGUGGCGUGGGGGGCUCAGGCGCCGGGCCAACCCCCGAGCUCGCCUUGCCUCCCUGCGGGCCCCGCGACUUGGGCGAUGGAAGCUCCAGCACCGGCAGCGUGGGUAGUCCUGAUCAGUUGCCCCUGGCUUGCUCUCCAGAUGACUGAGGGCUAAGCUUCCUUCGCGCCGACGCCCGCCCGGAUAGCUCCCCAAGCGCCAGGAUUGCGGUGGACCUCGGGACCUGGAAGCCGCUCAGCUGCACACGAGGGGCCGCUGGCGUGGAUUUAAGACACCCUAGCAUUGAGGAGGGCCCCUUGCUCUCGCUGGCGGGGCAAGAGGGGACUGGAAGCUGGAGCGGAGGGACUUGCAGGGGGCUGGGUGGCGGUUAAUAAACUGGGACGGAAGCAGACCCCAUGGGCAGCGUCUGUUUGGGACUCGCCGGGAUUAGGACAAGGGCGGGGACAUCGAGAUGGGGUAUCAUGGCCCUCCGGAGCGGCUGCAGAACUAAGGUGUCUGAUCCUCCCCCAUUACUCGAGACUGGGGAGGGAUAUGGGACCGUGCUUGUCGGUUUCCUGUAGGGAGAAGGUCAGGAGAGGAGUCAAGAAGCUGAGGUCCUAAUACGGCGACGCCUUCCCAAUGGUGGUGGUGAUUGGGCGGUUGGGAGUAGGGUGACUGAGGAGUCUCCAGCAAGUCUGGACUACAAUUCCCAUGAGCCCUUGGGAGAAGACGUGUAGGAUU